AUAUUAAAGUGAAAAUAAAUUUUAUUAAAACACAACCUUUGGAAAUUAGCGCUCCAUUCACCGGAGGACAAUAAGAAAACUGCAAGUGUGGCGAAAAUUGAUUCGAACAUAUAAAUAAAGGGCAGCCAAGCGUGGCCAGACAAGGAAAGCAAAGGAAGCCGAAGGAUUUGCGAUUGGCCGAAAAGGCAAAAAUCAAUAAGAGCGGACAACGGGGCGUAUGAGCGAUAUCGAUAUGCUGGCCACUCGGAAGGGCAAGGGGCAGACGUCGCCCAGUCUCCUUCUCCUGUGGAAUAAGUAACGAACUCGAGGCCCUAAUAUGUCGGACCGAUAUCCAGCCAGCUUCUACGAUCAUCAUCAUCAGCAUCUUCAUCAUCAGCAAAUGCAGCAGCAUCACCACACGAUGUCCCACUAUCCGCCGCAGCCCUACAGAUCGGGCUACACCGGCUACCAUCCCUUCGGAAGCUAUGGGAGCUAUGGUGGCUCCUCCGGUGCGGCUCCCUACUCCCCGAUGCCCAACUACUAUCGCUAUGCCCCGUAUGCCUCGCCGCACUAUAGCAGCCAGCAGCAUCACCAGCACCACCAGGGGAUGUUCACGCCGGCUGGCCAGCAGCUAAUCCCCUCCAGCGUGCUCCACUACCCGCCCCGAUCGCAUAGCUAUCCCCAAUCUCAGCCUGGCUACGAGCAGCCUGCUCCCUUGCCCUACAGCUCUGCUGCUUCCUAUCAAACGCGCGGUGGUUUUGGUGGCUUUGCGGGUCCAACGCCUCACUAUGCGCCACCUGGUCGCUCCACCACGCCGGCUCCCAAUCGCACUGUGCUGCCACCCAGCUAUCUGGAGCAGCAGCAGCAACAUCUGGGACAACAGCAACAUCUGGGACAACAGCAACAUCUCGGUCAACAUCUGCCGCUGGCUGGAACACCAAAGCUCGAGGAUCCCGAUGUCGAGGUGGAGGUGGCGGUGGCCGAGUCACCAGCCCCCCAGCGGUUGACCACAUCGCCGCCCAUGAUCAGUGCCACCGGAACAGACAGCGGCAUCAGCAAUUGCAGCACGCGGGCGAGGAGCGACAGCAGUCAGAGUACGCCCGUCUACAGUGGCGAGUAUCCUGUGAAUAUGUCCGUGGAGUCCGCCUCCUGUGUGCCCUACCACUGUCCCGGGGAUGGCAGGGACUACGAGGAGGAGGAGGUGCCAGUGCAGCCAGCGGUCAGUCAAUCGGCGGAGACCAGAAGGACGGACACUCCGCCGCCACCGCUCGAUAUUCCCGAUGACAUAAGCGUCGCCACCUCGCCAAUGGCCAGUGAUAAGCUUCCCGCUCCGCCGGAAGUUGCCAAGCGUGCGGAAAUCAAUUUGCAGCCGGAGACAGGAGCAUCCUCGGAAGCGCCGACGACGCCGCAGGAUACUACUCCUUGUGGUGAUCCAAUAAUCGAGGCGGCCGACGAGCAGCCAGGACAUGCGCAACCACAACAACAACAACAGCAGCCACAUCCUGCGACGGACAACUGGAGUCCAACGCCGCAACGAUGCCCCCGCACUCCGCCGGCGCCACAGAACUCGCCAAUUGGCUUUGGCCAGAAUGCGAGUGUGCCACCUGCUUUGGCUCCCCUCCUGCAACAGCAACAACAGCAGCAAUUGCACUUGCAGCAGCAACAGCAGGCGAGCAACAUGAAGCGGAGCAAUGCAACGACGGGCAGAAAUCGCAGCAGCAACAACAACCGCAUCAUCGAGUGCGAUCUCAUUCCGAGCAAGAAAUCAAAACGGAAGGCGGCCAAAAAGGAAGCCGGCGGCAGUGAGAACGUGGAGGCUGUGGAGCCCAUUGUAAGGGAACAAAUUAGGGACAUCAAGCCCCUGCCGGGUUUCCUGCAGGCCUUCGGCUCCACCGAAAUCGGUCGCUUUUCCGAGCGAUUCCUGCAGACGCCCGAAUCGCUGGUGGAACGUUUGGCCGAGGAAUAUGCAGCCAGUGCGCCCAGCAAUUUCCCAGCUCAUCUCUCAGCCGGCGGCUACAUCGAUCCCCCGGCCACGCCCACUCACAACUACAACUACGCCUACGAGGAGCAGAACCAAGGCGGCUAUGGCAAUCCAAGGAAUCGAAUGCGGGGCUACGGCUACGAGAUGGCGGACUACAUGGCGUAUGAGCGAUAUGCGGCCUACGGGGCUGGCAGACCAAGAGGUCGCUACGGGGAAAUCCGCUGCAACGGCUACUAGAGGCGGUCCACCGAUGUCGAGCGGAUCAUAUAUAGCUUAGGGUUAGUGUUGUUGUAGUCGUGCAUAGUCGUUGUCAUUCGAUAUUCUCUGUGUGUGCCUUUUUCGGUCAAAAUUGGACAAUGGACUCCCCCCGAAAGAGUUGUUGUUGUCGGGGGGCAUUGUUGGCAAUGAGUGCGUUCAAAAUUUACCACAAGAAAAAAAAAAAGAAAUCCAAGAAAAACAAAAGAAACAAGAAGCCAAAAUAUUGUUAGCAAACCAUCUACAUGUAAAUGAGUAAUAAUCAAUUAAGUAGUUCAAUGUAUUUUAAAUCGAAGGCGUUUUAAAUCGAUUCAGAGUGUAAGUUGAAAUCUUGUCCCACUGUACAUAAAUAUGCAUUUCGUAUAUGUAACACUAGAUGAUAGUCAAACUACUUGGGCAGUUGGUAAUGGGAUCUAAAAGUUUUCGAGGCCUCCAGGUGUUAGGAGACAUUUUUUCUCAACUUCUACUUGAAAGUAAGAAACACACUCAAAAUUGUUUACAGCACCGUUUCCGAUUGGAAACCAAUUUUUUUGGGGCACCAAAAUUCCGAAGUGCGCCCGUAAAAAUCAAAUAAAACAGAGCGAAAAUCUUACAUUUAGCAAAAAGAUGUGCCAUUGAAAAAUAUAUAUUUAAUUGAAAACACCAUAAUUUAGGAAUUACGUUUAUGUACAAUACAAAUACAAAUUAAAGAUUAGCUACGGUAAUCUAAAGCCAGAUAGUUAAUGUUAAAGCAAUGCAGUACAUUUUAGGCUAGGACACCGACACACACAUAUACACUCUCACAGAUACAGAUACACCCAUACAGAGACACACUCGAACCACCGCACUAAUUUGUACUUGGCUAAAUUGAUUUAGUUUCUAUCGAUUUACUAACAACUUAUUCAUUUUCGAGUCGAUUUCUUUGUUGUAUUGAGUGCCUUAAUUUACUUGAAUUUAUUUCCAAUAUCUGUGCGUGAACAAAUAAACGUAACGAAUUUGUAUGAUUUACUUGUAGAGAAACAACCAAGUUCAGGUUUCAAAGGGGCCCAACAAAAUUUCAAAUGCAAAUCGAACAAAUCAAUGAAGACAAAAACAACCGAAUUACCAAAAACGGAAAAAAUCCAAACACAUCGAGCGACAUUCAAAAAUGUUUAAUAGCGAUUAAAACAAGAAACUAGUUAAUACGAAAAAGAAACUACUCACCAACCAAAAAAAAAGAAGAAAACCUUGUAGCGUUGACAUUUUAUGCCAACUAAGUAUUGGAUGUCUUCAGUAAAGUGAAGGAACAACAACCGAGGACGAAACAAAAUAAACCAAGUAUUUAGUAUAAUUAAGUCCGUGUGUAAAUAAAUAUUUGAAAAGUUUGAAUUUUAUGAAAUAAAUCACGCAAAACGAUUAGCAAAAGAUGUUGGCAAACAAAA